AUGUCAGUUCCAGCCAACAGUUUGUCUUUUAUUUCAUGUGCCACAUUCGGGGGGGGGGGGGGGGGGGGGGGGGGGGGGGGGGGGGGGGGGGGGGGGGGGGGGGGGGGGGGGGGGGGGGGGGGGGGGGGGGGGGGGGGGGGGGGGGGGGGGGGGGGGGGGGGGGGGGGGGGGGGGGGGGGGGGGGGGGGGGGGGGGGGGGGGGGGUGGUUUGGGGGGGGGGUUGUGGUGUGUUGUGGUUGUUUUGGUUGUUAG